GUCACUUUCUGUCUCCAUCCUCCCCGUCCUCUGAUUUCUCUGUCUCUCUCGACUUUCACUACAUUUUCUUUUCCUCUUCCCCCUUGGCUUCAGACCAUUUCCAGGACUGACUUUUUGAGCUUUUAUUUUUUUUCUUCCAAUCAUCUGCUGUUCCGUCUGGAAGCACAGUGAAUUUCUUCUUCUUUUCUUUUUAAAUUGUCACUCUGUUCACAUUUUUCUAUGAGGUUCUAGUAUCCGUUUUCAUCAGGUCAACAACAAAAAAAUGCCACGCUCCUUUUUGGUGAAGCAACCAAAGGUUCACGAUGUCUCAUCUUCCAACUACUACCAUCCGGACCAGCACCAAUGGGACAACUCUUACACUGUGACACAUGCCAUCACUGAGUCAGCCACCAACUUAGCGGUGCGUUUGAGUGAAAAUGGUUACAUCCAUGAUUACAUCAUCCCCUCAGUGUUGCAGAGCACAAAGGAGCCAGGUCGGGAGCAGACUGGGGUCUCCUCAGGGCCCCAGUAUUCCCAGGGUGGCAGCAGCGGGGAAGAGUUCUCCGACCACGAAAUGGAGCAUCCAGACAGCCCCAUCUCCACCGCCACAGUCGAGUCAGACAGUAGCUGCCCUGAGUUGGAGGAGUGCACCAUCAAUGACUUCCUCAUCUCUGACGGCCGCUCCCGCCGGAGAUCCAAUCAACAGUGUCCUCGCAAGGGAGGUCACCAAUUAGACAGCUGCAAGGGCGCUGGCUCAGCAGACUUCAGCCCCGACAAAUGGAGAACCAAAGGCCGCCACAUGUGCUGUGACUGUGGGAAGUCUUACGCCACUUCCUCCAAUCUGAGCAGACACAAGCAGACUCACCGCAGCCUGGACAGCCAACAGGCCAGGAAGUGUUCCACCUGCCACAAGGUGUAUGUGUCCAUGCCGGCACUGGCCAUGCACAUGCUGACCCAUGACCUGAAGCACGAGUGUACAGUGUGUGGCAAAGCCUUCAGUCGGCCCUGGCUCCUGCAGGGUCAUAUGAGGUCCCACACCGGAGAGAAACCAUUCGCCUGCGCCCACUGCGGCAAAGCCUUCGCCGAUCGCUCCAACCUGCGCGCCCAUAUGCAGACUCACUCAGCCUUCAAGCACUACUCCUGCAGGCGCUGCCACAAAAGCUUUGCACUUAAGUCCUACCUGAACAAGCACUACGAGUCAGCCUGCUUCAAGGGGCACCAGGCAGAGGACGACGGCAGCGCCAAGUACUGAUUUUAAAUAUUCGUCUUUUUCUUUCUAGCCACACAUCUUUUUAAAAGUUCUAACACAGACAGAGCAAAGGUUGCUGCUUCUCAGGCUUGUCACAUGCAUGCAUCAUAAUCCUGCCUUUUGACACAAGCAGCAACCUCCUUUUAAAUUAUUCAGGAAUUAUAUAUAAAUUUCAUAAAAAUCUCAGUGUUGUUCAGAAAUGUAACAUAUUUUAUAUUGGUUUUUUUUUUAUAAAUUAAACUGCAAUAAUUGACAUGUCAGUAUUAAUUUAAAUGCCCACUAGCUCUUAAGUUUCCUCAAACAUUUCUUGUUUGUUUAAUAAUGUAUGUGUUUAUUUAUUUAUUUAUUUAUGAAUUUAUUGAAUUAUUUAUCUGCCGAUAUUUAAGAUGAUUAAUUUAUUAUUGGUUUAUGUAUCUGCGAAUUUAACAUGGAUUUAUUUGGAACCAUGAAUUGGAUUUGUUGAGAACAAAAGCCAAAAGAUAUUCUGACACAUUUUUUUUCUCUGUCUGAUAAAUUUGGUGAUGACAAUAAAGAUUAUGAAAAUGAA